AUGUCUUCUACACCUACCACGAGCUCUGCGCCAGGUACACCCCCUCGAAGACCCGCUAAGAGGGACACCAGUUCUUUGGCUAUAUCUACUAUCAACAAUAACAACACAAACAGCAAUGGAAACUCGUCAUCAGCAGCUGCCAGUGGAAGUGGGAGUGGGAGUGGGAGCUAUGUAGGAUCAAUCAAGCCUCGUGAUCCCAUCAUCGAACGGGCAUUGCAACUAUCGACAUUCGAGAGCAAUUACAGUACAGAGGACUUCAUAUCGAAUUUGAGCGAGAAGUUGAUCAAUGAAUCCAAGGCUGAUCCAGGACCCUUCAACCCCACGCCUUUCUUACAAACCUUCUCACCUGCCCUUGACUCGUUGCUGGCUUUGAGACAACAAGUAGCAGAAAGGACCAAGAAGAUGGAGACUGAUGUGCGAAGAGCUGAAAGAGAGUAUGGAAGGAGAUUGAGAGAGCUGGAUGGGGGUUUUGAGGCAAUCGGAAAUUCAUUUGAGAACCUUGAAAGCAAAAUCACGGAUGUUGGUCGUACCGCUGUGCGGAUAGGCGAACAACUCGACACUCUCCAUCAAACUCGUUCAACCGCCCAGUCAACCUCACUGCUCUUAUCAUACUAUCUUUCCCUCGCUCAUCAAACUUCAAUCACUUCGCCUGACGGAACAGCAUCUACCCCUCUGGAAGUAUUAUUCGCGACGCGCACGUCGAGAGAGGGCAGAACGCGAUUAUCAGUAAUCCUAAGAAGGUUGAUGGCUGUGGCGAAAGAUGUCGCAGAUAACGCAUCGACAGCCUUGAACGAUGCUGAAAUAGCUAUGACCGCGACACCAAAAGAAGCUAAUGGUCAUUCAGCUACGCCGACUACGGCAAAUAUCGAUGCUCCACCUACAAGUUCCAAGAUAAUAGGCAAAAGAAGGAGCGAGAAAGAAAAGGCUGAAAGGGUCAGAGAUGAGAUUGAGAGGUAUUGCGAGAAAUUCGAAAAAGAAGUUUUGAGGUUGUUUGAUAGGAGUUAUAGGAAAGGUGAUCCGAGGAUGAUGGCUCACUGCGCUAAAACUUUGCAAGAUUUCAACGGAGGUGCAUCGUGUGUACAGAUAUAUGUGAACCAACAUGAUUUCUUCAUUUCGAAAGAUAGGUUACUGGAAGAAGCUGUAAAGAAUGAUAGUGCAGUGGAUGGAGAAAAGCCUACGGAUCUAUGGACGACCGUUGGAGAUCCCGAUGCUCCUCCUCCCACCACAGGGCCAGGAAUGGAUGCUCUCUUCAAAGAGAUUAGGGUGACCGUCAGCCAAGAAGCCCAAAUUGUCAAAGCUGUAUUUCCCAAUCCUAGUGCGGUAUUGCAGGUAUUCUUGCAAAGAGUAUUUGCGCAAGUAAUCCAACAACAUCUCGAAUCCCUCUUAUCUCGCGCAGCCACGAUAUCAACCCUUGCUGUACUGCGUAUCCUCCAUCUCACUCAUUCCACUUGCUCAACUUUGGUCGAUGAUCUGAAAUCGUACGAUCUCACACUUGGCUCAUCAUCACAUGGACCUUCGAAGGGUUCUACAUCGGCUGGCGGCCCAUUAGCGACGAUGUUGGACCAUGCGUUGGAAGAGAUGUUUGUGCCUUGGUUAGAAGGAGUGAGGUACCUAGAGAGCGAAAGUAAGAAUUUGGUGGAGCUCUAUGCGGGACUGCUCAGCAGGUUCACAAGAUAUCACGAAACUGUACUCAAAGCCAAACCCAACUCAUUGCUCGACAAAGUUGUCAAUCAGCUUGCCACUUCCAGCUCAGCCGCUACCUCCUCAUCCACUGCUCAAACGGCCGCAGCGGCAAUAUCGAAAUAUGCCAAUUUAUUCACUUCCAAGACUGGCGGUACCUCCACACCUUCUGGACUGCCAGCGGCGCAUAAACCAUUUGGACCUAAUGCAGCUCAUCUCGGCGUGAACCAAGGAGGUGGCACAAAAUCCGCUGUGCUCACUAACGGAACGCAGACACCUGCUGGUGAGGCUGGAAGGGACAGACAAGAUGGACUGAGAGGUGAUCUGGUAAAUAAAGGCUUAGAAGAUAAAGUAUGGUCGACGGAUGGUGUUUUGACAAUUGAUAUGGCUGAGAGAAUGCUCAAAUGGCAUGCGGAAGCUGUUGGACGAGCUGUUCAAUUGAGUCCUUCUGCUGAUAUCGGAAAGAACGCUUUGGCCUUGUCGAAAGUGCUUUCAGAAGCUAUCGGUAGAAGUUUCAUUGAGACUGCUUUGGACUCUGCCUUUGCGAAAUUGGAAAAUCAAGAGUCACGAUCUGAACCUGAUUUACAACCUUUAACGGUCAUCAAGCCAUCCGAUCAAAUCUGUCACUUAUGGCAGAGAUACACUUCAACUGCCCUUUUGCCCUUGGCAGGUAAUACGGUCUCAAUCAGACGUGAGAUGGGUACGAUCAACUCACAUAAUGUGGUGAGGAUGGAGGGGAAGAUCAACAACGUGAUACAAAAGGCUUUGGAUGGUGUCGUAUCUCAUUUAUCAUACCUGCUUACCAAACAGAAAAAGAACGAUUACAAACCCAAAAACGACGAAUUAUCAUUCGCCAGAACCAUUACUGAACCAUGUGAAUUAUGUUGCGACUUCCUGGUAACCAUCAAAGAUACGGUGAAUGAAGGAUUGAGCGGGAAGAAUGCCGAGGCUUUCUUGACUGAAGUUGGAGUCGCUUUCCAUAGUCUGCUUCUUGAUCAUUAUAAGAAGUUCCCUGUGAACCCUACUGGAGGAUUGAUGUUGACCAAAGAUCUCGCCUCAUACCAAGAGACGAUGUCCUCCUACGGUAUUCAAGCGAUCAACGAUCGAUUUGACAUGUUACGUCAAUUAGGAAAUUCAUUCAUCGUUCAACCAAACGUGUUAAAAUCAUAUAUGACUGAAUCUCACUUGGGUAGAAUCGAAUUAAGAUUGUUGAAACCGUAUUUACAACAACGUUCGGAUUAUUCACAAUUCUCAAGAUCAUUACAACUUGAUGAUCUAUCUUCUUCUUCGACUUCAACUUCUGCCAGCACCGCAAAUAUCCAUGAUGAAAGUUCGUUGUCUUCAUCGGUGACUGCGCCAUUAUCGAUAUUAAAUAGGAAUAGCUCUUUCCGAGCUAAAGGAUCGAGAUUAUCUGGAGUAGCAGGAGUAGGAAUGGGUAAAUUGAAGGAAAUGUUGAAGGAAUUUGAUACGCUUUCACCUGAAGAGGCUGCCAUUGCGAGAAAACAACAGAUACAACAAAGAAGUAAUUAUCAACCCAUGUUUUAUAUGGGUAUGCAUUAA